GCCGGCAGAGAGAAGGUGAAGGUGGAUUCGACUGAGCUGAUGUGUGUUUCUAAUACUCUUCAUUUCUCCUCUGGACAAAAAAACACAAAAAAUCCAGGAAAUUAGUCUCAUUUUGUAUCUUUCCUUUUGUUAUUGGCGGUGUUUUGCCGGUGUUGACAUACAUGGACUGGAAGCAGCGUUGCGAAGAGUGAGGAGCAUCAUUUGCCUUCACCGGAUAUUCUCUCUUAAUGACACAAUAUGGAUACAAUAUUCUGAGGGAUAUUGUCGCCUGCUAUAUGGGAUUCGUUUUCGACGAAACUGCCUUGUUUUGGAGAAGAGCACCUUGGGCAUCAUGAGUUCCAGUGAGUACCACCGUGGCUCUACAGGAGAUGAGCGAAGAGCUGGGCCAAUUCGGUGUCAACGAUGUCGGGAAGUGUGCAAAGGAGAGGUGGUUCGAGUUCAAGAUACUCACUUUCAUGUCAAGUGUUUCACCUGCACAGUAUGUAACUGUGAUCUGGCGAGGUCAGGCUUCUUCCAGAAAAAGGGCGAGUACAUCUGCACAGCGGACUACCAGCGUCUGUACGGGACACGGUGCAACUGUUGUGGCAACUUCAUCACAGGCGAGGUGGUCUCGGCUCUGGGACGGACUUACCACCCAAAGUGCUUUGUCUGCAGUGUCUGCAGUAAACCCUUUCCCAUCGGAGACAGAGUGACAUUCAGUGGAAAGGACUGUGUGUGCCAGCAGUGCUCUCACUCACUCACUAAGCCAAAUGAACCUAUCAAAAUCCACGGGCCCAGCCACUGUGCCGGAUGCAGAGCAGAGAUCAAGCAAGGUCAAUCUCUCCUGGCGCUGGAGAAGCAGUGGCACGUCAGUUGCUUCAGGUGUCAAACAUGCAACAUAGUCCUCACCGGGGAGUACAUCAGCAAGGACGGAGUACCCUACUGUGAGGCAGACUACCAUGCCCAGUAUGGGGUGAAAUGUGAGGCCUGCAGCAGAUACAUAAGUGGAAGAGUUCUGGAGGCUGGAGGAAAGCACUACCAUCCAACCUGUGCCCGCUGUGCCCGCUGUAACAUGAUGUUUAAAGAGGGAGAAGAAAUGUACCUGACAGGAUGUGAGGUGUGGCACCCAUUAUGCAAACAGGCAGCAAGAGCAGAGAGGCGACUAAGGCAUAGACGCCUGUCAGAAACCUCCAUCUCUCCCCCAGGCUCCUCCAUUGGCUCCCCCAAUAGGGUUAUAUGUGCCAGAUUGGAGCAUGAGUUCCUAGAUUAUAAGGACCUAGCUGCCCUACCAAAGAUCAAAGCCAUUUAUGCGGUCCAGCAGCCAGACCUCAUAUCCUCCUCAUACCAGCCCUACCACAGAUACACCUCUGAUGACAGGCUAGACACUUACAUCUAUGGGGAGUCUCUUGGGACACUCUCUCCCUAUUCUCAGGACUAUGACUGCUUGGACAUAAAGCAGAGGCGAUGCUCCAGUCCAAGUUAUAUUGACUCCCCAACCUACAGUCGUCAAGGGACGUCACCUAUCAUGCCACGCUCUCCGCAGCACUUUGCGUACCCCGGUUCCGAGAGCGGUAGAAGCUCACCUUAUUAUGGCCAAGAGGGGCGGUCCAGCACGCCGACUACCAACCAGCCCCCAAAACAUUUCCAUGUACCAGCCACAGGGGAGCCCAACAUCUACAGGAAGCCUCCCAUCUAUAAGAGAACGGACAAUCAUCUGAAUGCAGCCACCAAAAGUAGGACCAGUGAGGACAUCCUGAGGUCUUCCAGACUGUCCACCUACUCUCCUGAGCCAUACACCCAGUCUGAGUGUGACUACUACCCGUACCCCAGCUCCCCCAGGGCCUAUCGAGUGCCGAGGAGACGGUUCUCAACAGGAGGAGAUGAAGAGAGUUGGAGCCACGGUCUUCAAAGAAUUGGGAGUGGCAUAGGGAGGAUGAUCUUAAAGGAGGAGAUGAAAGCCAGAUCUGGUUCCUAUGACAACGACCCCUGGGGUAGUGCGAGGAAUUCUCGUAGUGGGAGCAAGGAAACCCUCAACACGACAAGCUACAGCUCCACGGCCUACAACAACACCAUCAACGGAUCACCACGAUCCCAAUACAGCACUGACAGUGAUUUUGUUUGCAAGUCUGCCUCACUUCCAGGAUAUAGACGCAAUGGCAUGCAACGACCUCAGAGUGCAGACUGCUACCAGUACCAAUAUGACAGCAAUGAGGUCAACUGGGCAACCAGAGAACACACGGUUUACCCCUAUGAAGCGCUCAUUGUCACCACCAGAGGUCGGAACAGGCUCCCGAAAGAUGUGGAGAGAGCCAGACUGGAGCGUCACCUUUCCCCAGAAGAGUUUGGCCAAGUGUUUGGCAUGACCAUCGAGGAUUUCGACAGGUUGGCUUUAUGGAAGAGGAACGAGCUCAAAAAACAGGCCAGGCUCUUCUAACGUGGGGACUUAAAACACUGCCAUACAUCCAGAGAGAAUAUUUCUGCACCGUUUCACUGCCAUGGCUGAGAACCUGUUCUUGAUCUCCUCAUGCAAUGAACCAAAAUGUGGGCACACCAGCACAGAUUUGUGGGGUUUACGUAGACAUUUAUGCACAGAGAAAAGAAAAAAAGACGUGUGUUCAUGUGCUGGAGUGGUGUGAAAGCAAUACAGACUCGUAGGUGUAGACGCCAUGUUGUGCAUUUCUUUAUUAUGAAGGACUUUUGAAGGCACGUGUGCACCCUGAAAACGUGAUGCUUUUAAUAGAAACUUUGGCUUUGCCUUAUUUGUUAUGCUUUCUAAGUUUUAUGAGUGUGCAGCACCAGCAAUCUCAAUAAGUAGAAUGUAGUCACAGUGCAUAAUUUAUGUCACUUUAUCUGUGUGAAUGAUUACAUGACCAGCGCGGAUGACGACAAUUUAAUUAUUCCCCCUGAUUUUGCACUCACCUUUUAAUACUAAGUGGAUUCAGUGCUUCAAAAGUAAUUUGACCUAAACUUGCAAACCAAAUACACAGAUUAACAGUACACAUAAAUGUGAUGUCACAAUAUUCAAAAUGAAUACAUUAACUGUGUGUUGACUUUUGAGAACGUGCAAUACAUAUUGAAAACAAUGUUUGUUUGUUUUUAUCUUAUUGCAAUAAGAUGGUUUAUGUAUACAUUAGUCUAAUCAUAAUUUUUGUAGCUUCAGGGGUUAUGAUCGAUAACACGGAAAUGCUUUCAAGGAAUUUCACGUCGCUAAAGAACCAGGGUUGAUGAAUUGCUUCCUUUGAGUACUUUUUUGGAUUUUGUCACUAAAAUUAAAGUUAUGAUUACAUUC